AUGUCAUCACAAAUCAUAAAAAUAAAGUAUAUUGCAGGUGUCAUUUAUGUGCUGAAGAAGGUUAUAGUGGUGCUUGAUUUACAAGAAAAUAGUAGCAAUUCAGCAAGUUUUUCUGACAGUGAUGAGUCUUUAAGUGAUCUUGACUCUGAAUAUAAUUACUCUUAUAAUUCUCAGGAUG